CCAAGUCAAAUCAACUCCCAAUCUUCAUUCUACUCUUCUACCACUCAUAACGAGAUAGGCCGCAUCUUUGAAGCAACAACUAUGAGGGACAUUCGGGCACCUCUACAAGAUGAGCGAUUCACAUGCAAUCCCAAUGCCUUUAUCAGACGAUCCUCGUCUUUUACACCUAUCUGGGAAUCUUCAGGUCCUCUCACGGCCGGCAAAGCCCAGCCGCCCAGCGAAGCAUGCUUCUCUUCAACCCCAGCCGUGCUAGAGCCGCCGAAGAGUUGUGAAACCGUAAUUUCACGCUCGCCCUCAGAUAGAGAUAGCGGAUACGGAAGUUCACCGCACAUGCGGGACCCCUUUGGAUCUCUGGCGAUUUCGAUCGGCUUUGACGACAGAACUUUUUCGAGCUCGUAUCCUUCUGCAAGAUCAGACAUGAACAUGCAAUUACACCAACUGGACUACUCCAAUUCGUCACAACGACAUUGCGGUCCUUGGGAAACCCCACUUUCAAUUAAUUCGGGCCAUCGGUUAAGCAGUUCCUUGCGAGGCUAUUCAACCAGGGCAGAACCGCCUUUAGUCCCAGCACUACAGCUACCCACCAGACGGCACGAACCAUUACGAUUUCGUGAAGUCGCAGACAUGCGUCUUGUCAAGCGUGUGUCAACUACCUACACUGGGCUCGGGAGAGCCACCCAGAACUGGGAUUCAAGCCGCUAUGUCCCCCUAUCGACCAUGCACUCUGACCCUUGCAGCGUUCGAGAAACGAAACAAGGCAAACCAGCUGCAACAGGUAUUCCGGUCGGCGUUGGAGAAUCAGUACUUGAUGCACCUAAUCAGUCUCUAGCCGUCAAUUCAGAAGACCAAAUAGUUACCAGGCCGGACACUGAUGAUAAAUUGAGCUGCGUCAGGACGUGCUCUUCUUCACCCCUUACAAACAUCCCAAGUACUCAUACCAAGCAGGGACAGAGUACAGAUGAACUUUCUGAGGGUAACUUGAAACACCUUGGAGAGAAGAAGGACAUGAUAGAGUGGAUCAUCUCGACAAAGGACGCAGCUUUUGCCCUAUCUCCAUCGCUUUCAAUUCAUAGUCCACCAUCUCCAUCGCUUUCAGUUCAUAGUCCUGGAUCUAGUUCCUGCAGUCUUGAGACUAUACCUCGAGACUUUGUACUAGGAGAGAGCUUGACGAGAUCAAGAGCUCUCAUAAUGGAGCUAUUCCGAAUUCUGUCCCACCAGGACUGCGAGUCCAGUUUCGAUGAGCCUUGGUUAGCCGAGGGAAGUCCUAUGCAGACCACAUACUCAUCGACACCUCUUACUGAUGGAUCUGGGACCGAUACCUCUCCCAAGAGCGGGACGACUACUAGUGCUUCUGGUUUCGAGAGAAACUCCAAGCGUUCCCAACCGACAAGAGCUGGGUCGUCUCAAGAAGACGAUGGCGAUGAGCCUUCGCGGAAGGAGUUUCGUCAAGAGAAGAACCCAUCCAAUCCAGAGGCCAUGGCGUCUUUUCAAGGUCGCAUACAGAUGCCUUGUCCUGUGCACCAACCACAAAAGUGCCAGGGUACUAAUACGACAAUAUCGGAGCUUUUAAGAUGUCUUCGAUCUAAGCACCGUAUCGUCAUAUAUACAGAUUGCUGUACGCAGGUCCAUGUCCCAGAGGACGAAAGGAAGCCCGAUAAUGUGCGGAAGCGACAUAAAUCAGAAACUUGCGAACCUCGGUGUAUUGGUACCACUUGUUCUGGCAAUCCAAACGAUGAAAUACCGCAUCACCGCCGAACUGAAAACUGUCCGUCGUGGCAAUCACUCCCCAACGAUACCAGAUGGUCUUUUAUUUGGGGUCUUAUCAACCCAGGGGAGAACUCGCCCGAUCCCGGCUUCUACACCGGUGUCGGAUAUGAGCAUAACACAGCACUACGACCAUGUAAACAGCAGUUCCGACCCAGAGGUGCUGACAUACGCGAUGCUCUGAUGCGAGAUAUAGAGGAGAGGGACUAAAAAAGAAUAUCUUUAGAAACCGACUUGGAGGCUGCGAACGAGAGAAAUGCUCAGCUGGAGGAGAAACACAAGAAGAGAAUUGGCAGCUUGGAGAAUAUCAUUAAGAC